AAUACUUCGAAUGCAACUGCAACUUCUUUAACCCGUAACCUACCAACGAGCUCUAUUAAGCCGUUCCCAUGGCAACGAUUAUUGUGUCAUCAAUUCACGUUUUCAUUGACAUACAUCAGAGUCACCAUCCCUAAUAGUUUAAAAACCGUGAUACCCAUCAUAUUAUUUUGAUGAUUAUCUAUUAAAAUGGGGGAAGCACAGUUCGGGGUGCGCCAUGUUAUCGGUGCUCCGAUCGCAACCACAAGAUUAGCUGAGCAAGCGUUAGUGUGCAUGCCGCCGAGGGCUGCCAAGUUCACGCUCUCAGAAUGGAAGCUCAGUAACGACCAGCGAUGCAGGAACACCGAGGAUCAACAGCAACUCGCCGACCGGAUCCUAGGAGAAUGCGAGAGAGUGCGUACAGAGACCGCAGAAAGGGCCAACAUUAUGAAAUCCACCACUGACAGACGCCUAGAAGAAAGAAUAGGCGAUGUUGAGUUCAACAGAAACGAGUUGAUGAUACAACGACGCGAAAUUUGCAUUGAACUCGAAGCUUUGAGCGUUUACAAAACACGUCUCCAGGACUGCCUUAACUCUUUGCAAGCGAACGCUAUAAACAUCUGCAGAAAAUGCCUAAUGCUUAGAGAUGGACGACUAGGAAUAGACUUAGUUGUGGACGAGGUUGAACACGCGUUACAACAAGAGAUCACUACUUUACUUGGAGGCCAAAGUCUCUUGAAACGUGUGUUGGAGCAGUUGAAUGAGCAAAUGAGACGUUUACGCGCCACUCGGUACCUCCUUGAUCGAGACUUGCAAUACAAACAGGCGGCUAUAGAUGUCGACAAGGGCAAUUUAUCACUGAAACCUACGGAUCUUUGUCUAUCAGUUUAUGAAGGAUACUCAAGUAUAGAUCCAGCUAAUAUAUCUGCUGAAGAAUAUAACUCGUAUUCAGCCAAGAAUAUACAAAUGGCGGCCAGAGAAGUGACCAGUGCGAGACCGAUCAAAAUGUUUGUAGAUACGCUUUUGAAACAGGUAAUUGAUGAUCUGUGGGUGGCUUAUAAAAAGUGCAAUCAUGAAUUCAGUGAGCGCAUCAAGGAGACUAAACUCGCUAAAGCAAAAUUAGAAGAUAUGCACCGCGAAACAGCACAGAAGAUAGCUGAAAUGCAAGAUAACAUUUUGCUGCUGCAGAAAGCUUUGUCUGAGAAAGAAGGGCAUAUAGCGCUAGCUCAUACGCGACUGGGAAGACGAGCGAAUAGAACUGGAGCUGAGUUAGUGAAAGACCCUCCUGGUCAAUCGUUGUACUUUGAAUGCGAGAUGCUCAGAUACAGUACUGAACAACUUCAGCAAAUGUUGCAUGAGGCAACGGCUUCACUGCGUUAUUUGUUGCAGACACAAAUUCAGUUGGAGGAGGAUAUUAAUGUGAAAAUGAAUACUUUGAAAAUUGAUGAAGUGGAUUGUAUGACCUUAAGGGAGACGAUGGAUUAUCAUGUUUACUAAUUACUUAUUAGUAUUUGCCUUAUGUAGACAUUUUAGAGCUCAUUUUGCGUCUAGACUUUUGUCAAAGAAAAUUGUGUAUGCUUCCAAAUUUUGUUGCUAGUCAUUAGAUCGUUUUUAUUAUUUUUACACGAAUUUUAGUAAAUUUGUUAUAUUAGAAUUGUUGACUAAUCUUUUACUAUAUAUUAGAGAUGAAUGUGUUGUUAUUAGUUGUUAUCGUGAAUCAAUAUCUGGCUUUUAAUAAAAGUGUUAUAAUCUAUAUUUUUUUGGUUUAAUAAAUUGUUGGCCU